GGUAUUGGAUCUUGGAUAUGGUAUUGCAAACAAGCCAAUGAAGAGCCAUCUGAAAAUUUAAUUUCACCUAAACCUAUCGGAUAUCAGUACAGUUUAAAUUAUACUGGUUGUUUUGGAGACGGUCCAGGUCGUAUCAAUACAAGAAAUGGUACAUUAUGUUUUCCAACUGACAACUUCAAAGUUAAUAAAACCUAUGAAUUUAAAGUUAUCGGUAGUAAACCACCUCAAAGAACAGGAAAAACUACAAUGCAAUUAUUGACAGUAAACAACACAACUCCGGUAUUUUCAGUAAA